AUGUCUGUGAAUCGUAUCUUGCUUAACUUGCAGGUAGUCGCCGUGUUCCUCAGCGCCUUCACCCUGGUAGCCAUGAGUGUGGAUCGCUACCUGGCUAUCCUGAGACCCAUGAGACCCAGACUGUCCACCCGUGCCUUCGCUAUGACCAUCGCCACCAUCUGGGUUCUGUCCUUCUCGGUCCCUUUGCCAACAGUGAUAACCUCCCGUGUGGUUUACAACAACGGCGUGGCCAACGGCCUGUGCCUUGAGACCUUUGAGGACGAGCAACAUAAGUACAUAUACAGCGUGGUGAUCAUGAUGCUGCAGUAUUUCGUACCGCUGGCGGUGAUCACAGUCACCAACAGUCACAUAGGAUACAUCGUAUGGAUCAAGAAGACUCCUGGAGAAGCGGAGGAAGACAGGGACAGAAGGCUUGCUGCGUCCAAACGUCGAUUAGUCAAGAUGAUCAUAAUUGUCGUCGUCAUCUACGCCCUCUGUUGGCUGCCUCUACACGUCAUCACUAUUGUUGGGGACGCUAACCCAGAUAUUUACACAAUCCCACACAUGAACGUCGUCUGGCUGUGCGCCCAUUGGUUGGCCAUGUCGCAUUCCUGCUACAAUCCCAUAGUCUACUUCUCCCACAAUUCCACCUUCCGCAGAAACCUCAAACGAAUGUUAACCACAUGUCGCCACAAAAGAAAGCGACUUCGUCGCCAUCUGUCCGUCAGAAACGGGCUGUGGAACGGCGAUGUGGACUUCUACGGCAGCGCAGAGUCAGUUAGAUCCAAAUACAGCAUUCGGAGCAUGCACUCAACGAACCGAAUAAUGAAGCAAGCAGAGAUGUCCGAAGACUGGGACAGUUUGAGGAAGUCGAAAAAGCUAGGUGGUGUUACAAAUGACAUGUAUUUGUGA